UCUAUGAACUUCAGUUGUCUUUUUUUAACACGUUUUACAUCAUGUGAAAUUAUAAGGCCAACUUGUGUGUACUAUUAUACAAUGAUGCAUUUAGUUUUUUAGAGCAUUCUGCGAUUUCUGUUUCUUUUUACAGAGUAUCUUCCAAGCUCAGAACUAUCAAUUGCCACAUUGCCAUUCGUAUUUUUUUGCUAUUGGCCAUUUCCUGAGGGGUCGCGGAGUGAAUACAACAAAUCAAAGCGUAACAAAGACGCAACUGCAACGCAGAAUUUGACAAUUUAUUAUGUGCUCUUCGACUUGCUGCGGAAAUGUUAAAUAUUUGUUAUUGCAGUCUAAUGUUUUCCUGUUUCAACUAAGACAAAAAAUAGAAUGUCUUCGACUAUAUAUGUAUGUAUGUAUAUAAAACCAUUUGCUGGCAGUGAAAACUAUUAGCCGAUGCCAUAAAUCUCCCAAUCUUUCUCUCUCUCUCUCUCUCUUUGUAUCUCUGCUUUUCGCUCAGUCUUUGGCAACCACAAGAGUUAGUGUGGAGUUGCGGCACAUUGUCGUUGCAUGCAACCACAACAUUGCCCGCACGCACGCCCAGACAUGUCACAAUUAUGACAAUUUCUGAUGCAUAAACGUUGCAUAGCGAUUUUAAUGCAAUAAACCCCAGCGACUGCAGCAGCAGCGUCAUUAACACUGACAGCGUACCAGAGGGCGUUGAGCAGUGGGCGUGGCUGCCUUUUGUCGUGCACUAAUUGUUCCAGCACUUGCUCUCUCUCUCUCUCUUUGUAUGUGUUUGGCCAAAAUGUGCAGUGUUGGCCAUGCUCCAAUUCAGGUGUAUGUCAGUUGGUCGACACCGACGACACCGCAAAACACUUUGCAGGCAAUUGUCAGUUUGUAAGUGUUGUGAGUGCUGCCUGCCUAGGUGUGUGUGUGGCAAAGCUGACAAUGACAGGCAAUGGGGCAAGAGAACUGUUGCAACACAGUUGCUGCUGCCGUUAAUAGCUGCUUGCAGCCUAGGCUCUGUCAGUUGCCUAAGCAACUCUGUCACUUGCGGUUGAACUUGAAGGCGCCCCCCCGAAAAGAGAUAGAGAAAUAGAGAGAGACAAAGAGAGACUGAGAUUGCGGACUGCUCUAACGCGAGAAGGCAACGGAAAUCAAUUAGCAAUAAAAUUGCAAAAUCAAACGUCAAAAUGUCCUUUGGGAAUAUGCAGCAUCAGCAGCAACAUCCGUUGCUGUCAGCCAUUUCCGGCAAUAAUUAUGCCGGCACACAGCGUGCGCAUUACCCAUCAUGGCACCAACACUCGCAUCAACUACGCCAAAAUCCCUAUCUGCAACAGUCGCAUGGACGUCCCGGACAGCUGUUGGCCGCUGCUAGCAACCACAACGGUGCUUAUGCCAGCACAGCCAGCGGCCACUCUGGCUAUGGCAUAGAGCCAUCGGUGGAGUAUGAGUUGCAACAGACGCCACCAUCGGGCAGCUACUCAUCGUAUCAUCCGAGCAGCAGCGGUGGCGGUGGCAGCGGUCCGCCCGCAUAUCCGCCACCGCAUCACCAUCAUCAUCACGCACCGAAAUCAGCGCCAACAACGUCGGCUCCUAAGAAGAAGAAAAAGAGUUCGGGUUCGGUGAUGUCGGCGCUGACGCUGCUCUCGUUCUUCUUUUUUGUGAACAUGCUGCAGAGCUGCAUCAAGGAGCACAUCACCGACAUGAAUCCCACGGUAAUGGUUCUCACAUCGAGCGGCAGUCGCAAUCGUUUCAAUAAAUUAGCUGAAAUGAACUCACGCGAACAGACCUCAUCGCCAGCAUCCACCACAGCAUCGGCAUCGGCAUCAGCAUCUUGGCAAUUGGGUGCUAUUGCCAGCUCGGCUGUGGUGCCCGUCAUUGUUACGCCCGCUGUGACGCUGCAUACGCCGUAUAGCAGCGGACUUGUGACUAAUAAGCCGCCAGUCUCGCAGUCGCAUUCGUAUCAACAGCAAUCACCGCCACAUCAUCAUCAACAUCAUGAUGAUGAUUAUAAUUACGGACAUCACACACCAUACUCCGGAUCGCCCUCAUCUGCUGAUUUCUAUCCUAAUCGCACACACAUUGACCAAUCGUUGCGCCCCGACUCUGACUAUUAUCAUCAUCAUCAGCAGCAGCAGGAACAUCCACCGUAUUAUCCCGAAAGGGACCGGCAUCAGUUAACUUACAUGGACAACGGCUAUGCCUGGUCCUACAGCCCCAAUGGCAAUUCGCAUUCGCAGUCACCGUUUCAUACGCAAUCGCAUUCACAGUUGCCGUCGCCGCUGUUGUUGCAUUCACAUUCGCAUUCGCAUGCAGCUGGCAGCAAACGUUACUCAUCUUCAGCUUCGUUGGGCGCUCAGUCGGGCGUGAGCUCUUACUCGGAUAAUGCGCGGUAUAGGCAAGACUAUGCUGAUGAUAAUGAUCAACGUUACAACAUCAAUGACCAGCGUCAUGAUGAUGAUAGCGCUGCAGCUGAGCAGCGUCGACGCGUUGAUGAUUUCUACACGCACAAUAAUAAUUGAAUACGAGCAAGUGCAGCGCACAAAUGUAUGCUACACUUUUUUCUCUCUCCUGCAAUUUUCCAUUUGCAAAGCUGCUUAGCUAGUAUGGCACUUAGCCCACAGUGCACUGUGGGUUAAAGUAACCUUUUGCGUGAAAUAAGAUUAAUUUGAAAUUAUAAUUAGAUGUUUUAAGUUAUGGUUAGUUUCAAAUUUCAGCACUGUAAACUAAAUAAACCUUUUGCGUAAAUUAAAUCUAAUUU